AUGGCAGAGAGCAUCCAACAAAUUCUUACCCUGUCAUCCGAGCUGCACAAUUCGAGGUCUCUAUCAAAGAAUGAUGAAGACCGCCACAUAUAUGAAUUGGUUGCUGUUCUGAGGCGAUCAAGUCACAGCAUUCUCGGUGAGAUCAGCUUGACUAAUCUGAGUGCGAGUGAGCACACUCUGCCCUUCUUAUUCGCCUUGUUGUAUCAGGUCGACCUGGUACGAAAUAGAACAGGAAGUAGUUUGCCGAACGACAUCGAACCCGGUGGCUGGCUCUGGCUGCGAGCUGUACAGUUCCUGGGUAGUUUCAAUGGAUCUCAGGUAUCUCAUGUUGGCCGUGAAUGGUGUCAACUUGUUCAGGUCUUUCUAUUUGUAGCUGAAAAUACCUCGAAGCCAUUUCUUGCAGUCCGUGUGUUAAGCAAGGCAAUCCUUCGGAUGAACCGAACCCAGAAUACCUUUGACCCGCUACACCCAGGCUUUCUCCGACUAUGCCUUCUGUCGAAGGCUUAUAGAUACGCAAUCCCCAUACUUGAUAGGCAGAUAUCCAUAUUGCCCUCCAGCUCCGAGUCUCGUGAUCGCAGUGAUUACAUGCCAGGAUCUGACGAUCAUGCUGCUGACCGCAAGUCAGAGGCCACCAGCACUCAUGGACAACUGACGCACAAGGAUGUUGCGCAAUACUAUCUCUAUGGUGCAAUGAUAUAUAUGGCACUUAAAGAGUGGGACAAGGCCGAGCACUGGCUGAUCAUUGUCAUCUCGCUUCCUGUCGCUAACUCGGUGAGCAAGAUUAUGGUUGAAGCAUUCAAAAAAUGGGUGGUUGUGAGCUUACUCAAGCACGGCAAGAUCGCUACUCCUCCAAGAAUCAUAUCUUCGCAUGUAAUGAAGAUAUACCAGACUGUAGCAAAGCCUUAUUUAUCUCUCGCAGAUGCAUUCGAAAAGUGUGACGAGCAGAGACUACACAACGAGGUAAAAUUGGGGAGGCCUGUUUGGCGUGCUGAUCUGAAUCUGGGUCUUGUUGACCAACUUUUCGAGGCUUAUAAUUUAUCCCUUGUACUCAAACUUGGCAGAGCAUUCUCGGCUUUGACAACGGCGAAUGUUGCAGAGAAGGCCUCGUCAUCUCUGAAUUCGGCAAUCAGGGUUGAGAGCUAUGUUGCAUCUCUGGCAAUGUCAGGAGUAUUGGAGGCGAGAUUACUACAUCUGAGAGUCGGUCAGAAUUCUACCAUGUUGCGUUUCCCUGCGUCGAUGAGAUCUUGUGCGGCUAGGCGGAAUGGGUUGCGGGUUGAGCUGAUGGACAGAGGCCAGGCACUUGAAGUGUUAUCUCGUGGUAUACGGGAAUGUAACACCGACUUGGGCAUGGGCCAUGAGAGUAUAGAUCUCGUUAUGAAGCGCCAAGGGUGGUCUGCGAUAAUGAAAAAUGGCAUGACCAAAGUUAAUGCGGAUGAUGUUGUUCUGGGGGUGGAAGAAGAUAUUAUGGGUGAUGUGAGCUAG